AUGGCUGCGGGCAGCAAGAAGGCUAAGGCCAAAGACAAGAAUGGCAAGGCUGCCACCAAGAAGGUUAAGAAGGGGAAGAGCCCAGAGGUCACAGAGACUCAAACAACUACAACUACUCCUGCUCCUGGUAGCCCUGAACUUACGGCGCAGGAACCAGAGCAAGCGAAAGAGCAAGAGCCUGCUGUUGACAAUACAAACGUCGAAGUAAAGACGCCGCUUCCUGUAUCAGCAUACGAGGUAUUCGACGACGAGUCUACACCUCAAGACAGCUCCCACCCUGUCGCAGAUCAAGAACCACCUGUACACGAAAAUCCCGUAUCAGCAUACGAGAUACUUGACGACAACACUACACCUCAGCACAUCCCCGACGCUGUCGCGGAACCACAAUCUCCUGUACUCGAAAAGCCCGUAUCAGCGUACGAGGUGUUCGACGACGAAACUGCACCCCCGAACAUCCCCGACCCUGUCGCGGAUCAAUCACCUGUAGUCGACAAUCCUGUUGACGAAGCAUCACCCUUGGACGAGCCAAGCUCGACUCAGCCUCCUAUCGAGGACACUGAAUUCAAGCAGCCGCCCGUGGACGAGCCAAGCUCGCCUGAGCCUCCCACCGAGGAGACUGAAAUCAAAGAGCCACCUUUGGGAGAAGCAAGCUCGGUCCACCCUCCCAUCGAAGACACAGAAGCAAAUGAUCCUUUGGAAGACCAAGCCAAGCAAGACCAACCCAAUCAAGUCGAGCGCUCAGAAGAGACAGCUGUAGUCUCAUCACCACCGGCUGACCCGUUCUCCCCCGUGGCCGCCUGUGUGCCUUUGCCUUCACCGUCUUUGACUGAAGCACGGUAUAUGUCAAGUCCUUCUCAGGAUAACCAACUUUACUAUCCUGGACCAUCAGCAUAUUCCCCUUACGCUUCACCCGUCCCCUACUCUACGCCCGCACCUUACGCGUCACCGAACGCCUACGCUUCGCCAGUGCCGUACGCCUCGCCAAACGCCUACUCUUCUCCCGUACCCUACGCCUCGCCUACGCUCCACGCUCCAGUGCCGUACGCUGGUUCCCCGGUGCCUUACGCCUCCUCCACACCUUACGCUGGCUCUCCAGUGCCUUAUAGCUUACCCGCACCGUACGCUGGUUACCCGGCGCCUUACGUCUCGCCAGUAGCUCAAACUGCCUCCCCAGUGCCCAAAGUUAGCAGUCCACUUGCCCGUUCCCACUACCCUCAAAUGUCUCCAACUAUAUCACCAACUGCAACUCCCUCACCUCAAAACCCACCAGCCGCACCGAUGGCUCCCCCAGAAGCGCCUUCCGUUGCCCAAAGUGGACCGUAUGCUCUCCAAUCUCCUGUCAUGAGCUCCGCCGGAAUGGUACCUCCUUAUGGGCAUUAUUCUCCUCAUCAUCAAUCGGAGGCCCAUUACAUGCACCGGAGCUACAGCAUCCCAGACCCAUCAUAUUCAGCAUCAUAUCAAGCCCUUCAAAAUCUGUCCAUGGUCAAUGGCCAUCCCCUUGAGAAUGGGUCUCCCCCAGAAAACGACAGUGAGCACAUUGAGCUUCUUCAACGCAUCCAGUCGGCCAUCCCAGACAUCAACCGUCUUCUUCAUGGGUUCCGCAGCACACACAACAAGCUUUCAACCCGGGAGGCUGAGAUGAAGCACAUUGGAAGUCAGCACGACCAAGCUCUGAUGCACAAGGAUUACUACAUUGAAGCCUUGCAAGCUCAAAUGAAGAAGACUGCCAAUGAAAGUGCUGAAGAAGACGCCAGGUUGAAGCACACCAUCAGUGAGCUGCGUCUAGAACUCGGAGACCUACAAGAGAAGCAGAAGGACCUUGAAGAUGGCUUAGCUGUCCACCAGAAGUCCAACGAAGAGCUUUCCGAAACUAAGGUUCAACUCGAGGGACAAAUCAACCAGCUCAAUGAAAGCAUCAAGGAGUCAAAAGAAGCCCACGAGAAAGCGUUAGAAGCUCAGAAGGAGGAACAGGAGAAGGCCCUUGUGGCACAAAAGGAGGAGCUCACUGAAUUGUUUGAGGAGAUCAAGGCCGAGGAUGAGAAAACGGCAGCCGAGAAUCUGGAGACUCGUGAGCGUGAACUUCGCGGUGAACACGAAGCUAGUAAAGGCGAAUGGGAGAAAGAGAAGGCCCAAUUGCAGGAAUCCUUCGAAACGCAGCGCACCGAGCUGGAGGCCACCAAAACAGAAGUGACAUCCCAGAUCGCUGCUUUGGAAUCCAAGGAGACCGAGCUGCAAGCCCGACUCACCGAACUCACAUCGACACGUGAGGAACUAGCAGCGAAGCUGGCGGAACUGGAAGAAACCCACCAGAAGCACGCCCGAGAAUCGGAAGAACUUCGACAAGGCCAUGCUGGUGAAUUGGAUUCCCUGCGACAAUCCCACGAGGAACAACUCGCUGCUGCUGCCAAGGAAUUGGACGAGAAGAUUGCGGCUCUGGAAGCUCACUUCAAUGAGAAAGAGAAGCUUUGGACCACAGAGCGCGCUUCCAUGGAGCAGCAGCUCUCCGAGAAAGAUAGUGAGCUUGCCAGUGCCGAGCGAGAGAAGGAAAGGUUGGAAGGAGACGGAAUUGUCAAGGAGCAGCAUCUUCAGCGUGCGGUGGAUGGCAUGCGAAUGACCAUCGAUAACUUGGGUUCGGAUUGCGACAGACUGAGAAAGACACUGCUCAGUCUGGGAGAGGCCACUGACCUCAGAAACACCAAGGGCGAUCAAUUCUUCUUGGACUGCUUCACAGAGCUCUCGCAGCUCAUCCACAAUCUAUCCAAAGAGCAUUUUGGAUAUCUCCCCAUCGAUCCCCCAAAAGACAUCCUAUCCAAGAUUCCAUCCGAACUUCCACCUUUCCUUGACAACACUCCAGCCUCCCGCGAACUCCGAUGUGCCUACAUCCAGCACAUCAUCUCAAAAACCCUAACCUUCCGAGUUUUCCAACCCUUCCUCUUCACCCUGGGCCGGCGAUACGACAAAGCCGACACCUUCUUCCAGAUGCUAUCCAUGGACAUCCGACGCAAGUCCGUCCGCCGCGAGGCAUUCUGGCGCCAACAGACCCUGAAAGCAGCCUACACAACCUCAGACGCAAAACAAUCAAUCAACGUAGCAGCAGCAGUCAUCGUCGACGAAAUCAUCGACCACAUCAAGCACUUCGCCGAUCCCAAGCACCUGGACUCCCUCCUAAUCGGCGUCCGAAAGAUCGUCAAGCUCGCCGCCGAGACAUGGAGACACGCGCGAGUCGAGCGCGAGCUCGUCCUCGCCAGUUUCCCCGCCCCUGACGCUGAGAGUGUCUCGAACGAGGGCUGGCUGGAGUACGCAGCCAACAAGGAUCAGAAGAACACCCCGUCGAACGAGCCCACGCGCCAUGUCGUGCUGCGCACCUUCCCGCGUAUUACGCGCGAGGCUGCUCACGAGGACUUUGCCAGCGAUGAAGAGAAAGCCACAGGAUGUACCUACUCGCAGGGUGUUGUGCUGUACUCCGAUUCGCCUAUCAUUAUGGGUCGGCUUCAGGAGUUUGCGAAGAACUCAGCCGAUGCUGUGGUCACUGAUUCGCCUCCCAAGACACCCUUGGGCGCCAAGGCUAUUGAAAAGUUGGCACCGAUUGAUGUUACCUCUCCGAAGGUUAUGACUGUUCGGUCGGCUCCUACGAGUCCGGGUGCGAAGGGUCAGUUUAUGAGGGCUUGA